AUGUUUGUUUGUGCUUUUAAAGUGUUUUGGGAGUCCCACCAGCGAUGUAAGGCCCACUUUGUGAGCCUGCAGCGAUGGUGGGACUAUGGGAACGUUCAAAUAAGGCAGCUGUGUCAGGAGUACACUCAUGGUGUCACAAGAGACAGGGCCCGGCUUGUGAAGGAGCUGGAGACUACAGUGGUAGAACUGCAGCGUUUAGCAGUUUCUACAGGAGAACGGGGGUGUUUACAGUCCCUCAAAGCACAAAAGUCGGCCUUGGCCAGCCUGCUGGGCACCUCUGCACAGGGGGCUCUGGUCCGGUCCCGCCACAUGGAUCUGACCCAGAUGGAUGUACCCUCCCAGUUUUUUUUCAGUCUGGAGGUAAAGAACGGGCAGAAGAGGAUCAUCCAGUCUCUGCGCUCGGACAGCGGUCGCCUCAUCACAGACUCUGCCGAGGUCAGGAGCUUUGCCGCAGGCUUUUAUGAACAUUUGUAUAGCUCUGAGCUGCGUCCCGGGUCUGUUAUGGGAGGCCGGUUUGGGGACGGUCUGCCUCAGGUCAGUGAUGAGGACAAUAUGAAGCUGGAGGCCCCACUGACUCUGGCUGAACUGGGCUCUGCGGUGGGGAGUCUAAAACCAGGCAGAGCUCCGGGCAUAGACGGACUUUCGGCCGAUUUUUACAAGGCCUUCUGGGACGUCUUGGGGCCAGACCUUCUGGAGGUCUUUAUGGACAGUCUGGAGAGCGGUCGUUUGCCCCUGAGCUGCAGAAGAGCAGUACUGACUUUGCUCCCAAAGAAGGGUGAUCUGCAGCUCCUAAAGAACUGGAGGCCGGUGUCGCUGCUCUGCAUGGACUACAAGAUCCUGUCCAAGGUGUUGGCGUCCCGGCUGAGAGGGGUCAUGGCCUCGGUCAUCCACGUGGACCAGACGUACUGUGUGCCCAGCAGGCUCAUAGGGGAUAACAUCACCCUGAUCAGAGACGUUUUGGAGGGUCUCCGGCUCAUUGGGAAUCAACCUGGGACUGAUUUCCAUAGACCAGGAAAAGGCGUUUGA